AUGAAACAACUUAAAAUUUAGGCAAAAAGGAGUUACCAUGAUCAUUUAAAAUAAAAAUCUCAUUUCAGAUCAUUUACAUUACAAUCAGAAUAGGACUCUAUAUUAGAAAAGUUAAAUACUUCAACUGUUAAAAUAUUUAAUGAGAUUUAAUAAGUAAAAUCUAAAGUUGUAGAGAUGGAUUCUGAUUUUCAGAUCAGGUAGAAAUCUUAUGAACUAGAGAAACAAAAAAAGAUUUUGUAAAUGAAGGAGGAACAAUUGAAGAAUGAAUAGAUACAAAGUAAAGGAAAGCCAAAAAUAAACAAGACUCAACAAAUCUAGGAAAUGAUCAAUAAUUAUAUGGAAGCAUCCAAAAAUAGCAAAUUUGGUGAUUUAUUACUAAAUAAAGAAAAAUCUAUGUAAAAGGAAUCAACUUCAAUAAUGGGACAAGAUAAUAGCAGUAAUUACGAAAACAACGAUCCAGCAAGGAUAGCUACAUAGACAUUAGAAAGCACUAAAAUGUAUAAUGAGUAAAGUGUUACAAGGAAAUCUAAUUCCUACAUUCCGAUUCAUGAAAGAGUCAAAUUUAUUGUAUAAACAAAAAAUGACAAAAUUCAAGAGUAGAAACAGUAGUAAUAAUAAGAAGUAGAAGAAUAUUAUUCAAGUCUGCCAUUUCAACCUUUAAGCACAAAAUCAUAGAAUAUUAAAUUUACUCCAUAAUAUACUGAUGAAUUUGUCAAUAAUUAGUUGAAGUGGAAUCAAUAAAGGGAUAAAUGGAUCUAUGAAUAAUAACUGAAGAAGGAGAAUGAUACACCCAAGUACUCUUAUAGGCCGAUGAUAAGUCCAUGGCCUGUGAAAUAGUCAAGUGUUUAGAGGAAGCAUUCGAAAUCAAUUAAUUUAUCAUUCUUUUUGUCAACUGCCAAUAAAACUGAAGCUUCGCCAAAAAAAAAUGAAUCGUUUGUUUUCCAAACUGAUUUAAGAAUAGCAAAGAGAAAGGAAAAGGAAUCAAAGAAAUUGUAAAAGUGA